AAAAUCAUUCUUUGUUUGAACCUCGAUCAGAGCGAAAGUGUUGUCCAGCGUCCAUUCGACCAGUUUGAAUUUUUCAACUUUUGUGCAGCAGAAGAAUAGAACGCCAUCAAAAUGGAAUAAGGCUUUUGUGUCCGUCGUUGACGCAGUGCUCAAGUGUGCCACCUAGAAAAGAACACUCCCCUAGAAGCUUUCCAGAGUACCUAGGAAAGACUUUCCGCGGAGCAUUUAGGGAAAAGUGAUGCAAUAGUUGGUGGAGGUCCAUUUGGAGUAACGCCACUUUUCUAGUUAGAGGAGCUAGAUCGUGAGAUCCGUGUCUAAUAAUAAUGUCGUAGCAUUGAGCGUGAGUUUUCAUCGUCUUUCGUCGCGACUGUGUGUGCAAUCGGAAGUGAAUGUGAAUGCGAUAUCAAUCCCAUUUUAGUUUAAAUUGUGAUACUUUUGUGUACAAAAAAGAAGCCAUUUUUGAAAAUAUCGCAGCGAGAUAGGAAGGAACUGAGAGCGUAGAGCACUGUGCAUUACUACCCCGCAACGACAAGAGGUUUUACAAGUCGGUCGGUUUUUUCGAAGCAGUAGCAUAGCGUCCCCCAUCAAUAAACAAGCCCAAGCGCUGUGGUAGGCAGUCUCCAACCGAAAAAGAAGAAAAUUUUUUGUUUACGAUGAAAAGUUGAGUCGCGGACACUAGCACAAGCAAAUGGUGUGGUUGUGUGCAGGGACGGUUCCGAGUCGUACGAACGCGAUCAAUUUUUGGGAGAGAACGACGCCCGGGUUUUGAGGUGAGUCGCCGCGACGCUCUUAGCAAGAGGUUUCACAACAAAAGCCUCUGUGUCAGUCAGUAAACAGAAGACAAACUGAACGCAAACGCGAAUCGCUUGGAAGGCUCGAACAAAACCAAGGCAAGCUCGAGUGCACGGGUGUGAGAAGAAGAGUAAAGAGAGCGACGACGAAUGAUGAUGGUCAACCGGAGGUGAAAGUUGAUGAAGAAAACAUCCAACAAACAUCUGUGAUAUAUGUGUAGAUAUUAUUUUAAUUUAUUUUACAAAAAUAUAUAAUAUACAACACACAUCGCAACCACCCACCAUCGCCACCACCCACCAUCGCCACCAUCUAAAGUGGGGACAAACACCACCCACAAACAUCAUCGAGAGUUCAAAUUAUCGUAAUUUUUACAUACAAAUCAAGCGGACGAACGGAAAACGACUCAUAACUUGAUUCCAAAGAUAUUUUCCUAUUAGCUGUUAUUUGUAACAACAAAAUCGUUGCCAUCUUCAAACAAAGUAAGCUAAAAUCACAAUACACAAAAGGAAAAAAAUAACUAAUCAUCCUAGGCUCCGAACACCUAAACAGCCGAUCGUGUGACCUGCGUUUUAACGGUCAAAUCGUUCGGUCGGCGGACGGAACGGAACCCAAACCCGAAGACUGGGGAAAACAUAACUCGGAAAAUCUCGCCCCCAAAGCAAAGCGAAGCGAAGAGCCUUCGAACGGUUUGUGUGACAAACAAACACAAUCGUUUGUUUUGUUACUGUACAAAAUAAAGAAAAAAAAACAGGCCCAUAAGCAGUGGUAGUACGUAAACUAGCUACCAGCUGAACAGCAGGGCAUGACAAUACAACACACGAAGGAAAGCUGCUCGUCGUACAUCAGCUGAGUGUACAGUUAGUACCAAUACCGACACCCGGCAACACAGUGUGUGUGCUGGACCCAGCCUACUACGCACACUCGCGCACAUUCCAUGACAGAGAGCGCGCGGUACUAGAUCGGAUCGAACCCCGAGCGCUGCGAAUCUCCGCUGGGCCCGUCAUUGUAGAAUCUAAUAUCGAAUCGAAUAGUUCUUUGUUACUGAUAUUGGGGUGGUGAAGCAAAAGUGAGAGCCACAAUCACGGAAGCAUCCGGAUCGUACAGAGAGAAGUACUAGGCCAGCCCUCAGUAUGUCUGUCCCUGUACGCUGCUAUUCUGUCGAUACCAUGAACAACAACAUCGACCAGCAACAGCACGUCGGCAUCGGCUGUGGUGGCAACGCCCGUAUGGAUGACGACGAGCCGAUGAUGCUGCGCAAGGUUCAUGUAUCAGAGGAGAUGCAACAUAAUCAGCGGAUGUUGUUAGAGGGCCGGCUUGGGACACCGGAUGCUGCUGAUGCAGUUCUUAUGGAGUCGCAGGAGGGCGAUCAGGCCACAGGCGCCAGCUACGGCCUGACGACCGGUGCGACCACCAGCAAUGGCAGCCACCUCGCCGGAGGUGGCCCACAGGACUUGGCCGGAGCCAAGUCGCUAUCCCCACAGAAACAGUCUCAUUCGAGUUCGCCCCUGCAUCAGCAGCCCCAAGCCCCACAGCAGCCAGCCAUGUCGUUCGAGCAGAUGAUGUCCAAGCUGAGCGAACUGCUCGCCUUGGAGCCCAAGUACCAGCCGAACCUGUACCUGCCACAGCAGUCAUGCAAUGGCGAGAUCACCAUUGGUACACGCGACGGCGCAGCGCACGUGCUGCGCUGCCUCAAGGUCUGGUACGAACUGCCGAACGACGUCCUGUUCGCGGCCAUUAACUUGGUCGACCGCUUCCUGACCAAGAUGAAGGUCCGUCCGAAGCACAUGGCCUGCAUCUCGGUCAGCUCGUUCCAUCUGGCGGUGCAGCAGCUCAACCUGCCGCAGAUUGACACCGAAGAUUUGGUCGCUAUUUCACAGUGCCGUUGCACGUCACGUGAUCUAGUGCGUAUGGCGGACAUUGUUGCCAACAAGCUCGGUGUCCAGAUGAAUAGCGCCCCGGUGACGGCCCUCUCGUUCAUCCGGCUGUUCUACUACAUCUUCGAGAACGCCGCGAACGCCCUCGGGUUGACGGACAUCUUCUCGUCUGCCGUCUCGCUGGCCGACCUGGAAAUGCGUCUGGAGAUUCUGGCCUGCGAUGCCAGCUGUGCCAGCAUCCGCCCCUCGGAGCUGGCCCUGGUCAUGAUCUUCACCCAGAUGGAUGCCCACGUCAGUGCGAACAAGGAGCAUGGGCUGUACAACCAGCAGAUCCACGAUCUGGUGGACUACGCCAUCCAGUUGCAGAAAUUCUGUCGGAUCCCCGACAGCAGCUUCUUCUACAGUCACAGUAUUGUUGCCAAGAUCCUGUCGCAGUACAACGGCCAGCACAAGAUGCCGUACAAGCAGCGACUGGUCUGGAAAUUGUCGUCCCGCACGAUGAAGGUGCUGCGUCCCACGGACAAGCUCACCUCCUAUCUGCCGACCAUCGCGGAACAUCACGCUCACAACAGUCACGUUAACAAUAGUAACCUUAGAUUUAGAACCGGCAGCGUCAGCUCGGAAGAUGACGGCGAAGAUUGGCCCACUUCACCCAUUGUUGCAGUUUGUGAACAGUUCGACGAGUAAAACGAUCCCCUCUCUUUCGCGCGCGCGUCAACGCAGACAGAGAGGCGGAAGCAUUCGCAGCAAGUGAGUGAGUGCAUUUCCGUCUAACGAACUAUAGUCGCGAGUCGUUCUUAAUCCGACAAACAAAAAAAAAAAAAGGAAAACAAAAGGAUAUCUGGAUAGCUACUAUACAAGUUUAGAAAAAAUAUUUUUGUUUUGAAAACCCAACAAACACAGCAACAAAUCGUGACUAGUAAAGUGUUAUAAAUUGAGCGUUGAUUACAGAACAGAAACUGUGUGCACGGUGUUUCCUUUCUGAAAGAAGACAUUUUCUUUUCGGGAGAAGCGAAAUACCGGACAGAGAACUCUUGGUGACUCGGACAAUCGAAGGUCCGAUCGAGUGUGCGUGUGUGACCGAAGAAGAAAACAAGAAGAAGAAGAGGCGAAUAGCGAAGAUUCGCGUUUCAGUGUGUCUGGUGUGGUGGAGUCUACUUGCGGUACGUGGAAGUUAGUCAUCAUCACUAUCAGCCGGAUAGUUCAGUGUGGUGUGUCAGUCAAGUAUUCUGCAAUCCUAUCUGGUCAACAAGAAGAACGUCUGCAGAGCGGAGGCAGAAUAGUCGGAACUUGCAGGAAAGACCGUGUGUGUAUGCUGGAUUCUCAACGGAGAAUCACUAACAUUACAUCAAAUAACAACAAAACAUCAAAAAACAACUACGUUUAAAUACAUAAACACGCACCCUGGUGAAGGCAGAGCAGAAACGUCGGUGACGCAGUUGGCGCUGGAGGUUUGACGGUUCGAGAGAGGAACGAACAGACCAAAACCCUGAUCUGCCAUCUUUAUUUGGCAACGUGACAGCAGUUCUUCGAAUCGAACGUCGAGGCCUUUUCGGGACCCGGACGUCAUCGUACGCCGUUCGUCGACGCAAGAGUGUUCGCUAGUAAGCAUUAUAUAUUAUACUUUUUUGAUUUUAACUAGAUCUAAUUAAAUACACACAUUUAAUUAAUCUAAGGAAAACUUAAAACAAAAUCCACAAAGAAAAAAAUUCAACAAAAUUCUUGGAAAAAUCAAAAAAAGUACAAAAUAUACAAAAGGUAAAAAAAUCUAGGACAUAGGUGUUUAAAAAACGUAAAAACCAACCUAAGCAGAAGAGCAGGCGAAGAUCCAGGAAAAGAACGAGAAUUAUUCGAGAAGGUUUAACAACAGACUAACGAACUUGACAUUAGGCAACAGAAAAUCUCACAAGGAUACGAAAUCGGAAAUCGUGACAACAAAGCAGCAGAACAGUUCUAUCACAAAAAAGCCAGUACUGAUUGUGUUAUUAGAUAUUUUACUCCGUAAAGCAAACACAAAACAAACACUAUAUAAUAAAACAGAGAACGGAAAUUGUAAGCUUGUGUAAUUUUGUAGUGGAAUUUCUCUCAUUUCUUCUUGCAAACGAAAGUAACCGAACUCUAGAUUCCAAACGUGUAAUAAAUCAAGUAAACGAAAUAAGUUCCCUCUAAUCAAGCGCAGAAACACGUUCUCGCCGGAGUUUGAAUCCCGAACCCCAGGGUUUGAAUCCGGUUGGCGCGUAAGAAAAUAUCAAGCUAUAUUAUCUAACACAAAAACACUGAAAAAUCGUAUAAAAAGUCAAACCAAAAAAAGCAAGUCAUUUCAAUCUGUGUAGUAGUGAAAUUUGUCUAAUCGCUUUCUAAUUAACGAAACAAAAGGAAACCGAAACAAAUAACUAUAAACGCGGUUGAACAGCACACACAAACAGAAGAAAGUAAGAAAGAAAACUAGUAGAGAAUUAAACUACAAAAAAAUAGUUAAAUCAAGUCAGAUCCAAACGAAAAAAUAAUCAGAAUCCAGAGUAAAAAAAAUCACAGCGCGUUUGUUUGUGUUUUGACGUUGUCGUUGUAGUAGUAGUAGCAGCUGUGAGAUAGAUCCCGAAGCCGCCAAGUUGCAUCCAUAAGAUAAAAAAGAACAAAACGAAACAGGAAAAUCUCUUUUUCCGCGUCCACUUAAGAGAGCAAGUGAGAGCAUAGAACGAGAGAGAGAGCUAAAUACCGCGCUCUCUCUCCGAAACCGAACAAUCGACGAUGAUGAACGUCGUCGUACUGAUCGUGGUCAUCGCGGUGGCCACGACCGUGGCCGGCAACGGUAGCGGUCGUGCUUCGCGAAGAAACACCCGAAAGAAGAAAACUUCGUAACGAAGGCGGGGAUGGGAUGAGUGGGUUUCCGAUUGUUAGUGUCGGAGCUUUGGGGGCCGUUGCUCACGUGGCAUACGAGUCGCUUGGCGUAAAGCCAUUUGGCAUUUGCAAAGCAGUGCACGCUUUAUCCCAAACAACUUCACAACCAUUUGGAGGUGGCCCUAGAGAGCUUUCCGCUCCGACGCAGCGCGCACCGUGGCACCUAGGGACCGGCCGUUCCGGAAGCAAAACCUCUGUUCUAUUAUUAUUUUUCACUGCUUGUCUGAUCUCGAAUACUUUCGGCGUUCGAGUCGGCCCUGUCGGUCCCUGUGAGCGAUUCGGAAACCCAAACAUCCCAUCCCCACCGGUUUCGUUAGAAAUAACAUAAAAUACCUUUAGUAAAAUGAAGAAACAAUGAAACAAUUCUUGUCUCUGAAAGUAUAAAAAAAAAGAAAAAAUUAAAAAACGCAAACUGAAGAAUAUAGUAUUUUAACUAUUAAAUAUUAAUUUAUAAAGCAAAGUUAUUGUGAUUCGAUUUAUUUAAAAAGUAAAACCCGUCUCAUAGGCAAAACGCGGGCAAAACGAAGCAAACUUUACGCAAGAGAAAGAAAUUGCUGAAGAAGAAAACAAAAGAAUCAGAAAAGGUUAUCUUUUUUGUGUAACUGAGUCUGUUAUUUUUUUUUAGAAAAAGCGAAACAAGGCAAACACUAUUAUACAUAAAAAUAUUUGUGUACCUUCCUUUCUCCCAUUUUUUGUAAAUUAUUUUCCUGUUUUUAAACAAAUUAUUUAUUUAUGAAACAAAGAAAGUGAAAAAACAAGUGCAAACAAACUGAGAGAGACACUCACUAACUUAUAGCAAAGUGACUACCAGUCAGCGCAGAGCGAAAUCUAAAAGAGAGAGAAAUAAGAAAGUAACUGAGCAUAAACCGAAAAAGAGAUUUUUAUCCACCUAAUUCCAUCGCGCGUGUGUUAGUUUUGUUUUCUAAGAUAAAACCACUAAGAAGGAAAACUCAUCCAAAACAAACAAGCAAGCAGAUAAGAAGAGGUAGAAGCACUUCAUAAUUCUCGUUCGCAUAGUUUUUAUUUUUUGUCGUAAAUUCGUGUAAUCGUACUUCCAAAAAUACAAAUCUUUUUUAUACAUAUAUGUGUACGUAUAUUCCCUCAUUCUCCCAACAUCCCUUACUUGUGUUCGUUUCAACCUCGCACUCUCCCACGCGGCGAAACAUUCGUCUUCACUGGUUUGAAGCAAGGAUUCCGUGUGCGCGAAGAAAUCGGGUGCGCUAAUCUCUAUUGUUUUUUUUUUGUUCGUUACGUCACCCAUCAUCCUUUCCCUCUCGUCAUCCUGUCCCCCAUACACACAACCGUAAUUAUUAUAUACAUUGUUUAGAUUAGUUGAUAAGGAGCAACAAACUGAAGACGCAGAGAGAGAAAGAGAAUAAUAGCUAUCAUUACUGAGACCGAAGAGAGCCUCCUCGCAAGAAGGAUUAUUUUGAAAGAACAGAACAGCAAAAGAGAGAGUCGUAGUAUGAGGAGAGCGAGUUUCAGAAGCGUACGCAUACACACACAAAGGCACGGAUUUUAACAGAUAACGAAACCAUGAACCAUAACUUUAUUCAUGGCUGAGCAGAAGCAUGGAAUGAGAUAGAGAGAGA